AUGGCCAAAUACAUCUUUGAGGUAUCUGUCAGCCUGGAGAUGUUAUUGGUAUGUGGUGGGAACCUCUUUGAUGCAAUCUCUAUCGCAGUGAAGGCAGCUCUCUUUAACACAAGAAUUCCCAAAGUGCGUGUACUGGAAGAUGAAGAAGGCUCUAAAGAGAUUGAGCUGUCUGAUGACCCUUACGAUUGCAUUCGACUUAAUGUGGAGAAUGUGCCCUUAAUUGUCACAUUAAGCAAAAUUGGCUAUAGGCAUGUGGUGGAUGCUACCCUUGAGGAAGAAGCCUGUUCUUUGGCCAGCCUGCUUAUUUCUGUGACCGGUAAAGGCGCCCUGACUUCUAUGAAGAAAGUGGGGAAAGGUAGCCUGGAUCCUGAGAGUAUCUUUGAGAUGAUGGAGACGGGGAAAAAAGUAGGCAAGGCAUUGCACGUGGCCCUUCAGAAGAUUCUGGAUGAAGAAGAGAGUCUGGGGACGUCACGGCAGAAAGUUGGAUUUCUAGGAUGAGUUUUUAUUAAAUGUUCAAAACUGGUUUUAAC